GUUAACUUUAAAUUCCUUAAUCACUUACCUAAAUUCUCAUUGACACCAUAAAGCCAGAAUUAAAAACCUAUAAUCAUUACAAAAACCAUUUCUGGCAUGUUAGAUAUACUGGUUAAUUGGGGCAUUAAAAGACUCCCAAAGGAAAAGGGCAUUAAAGAAACUUCAGAGUAGAUUUUCCUUUAAACCAAAAUAAAGCCUCUUUAAUUAAUUUAUUUAAUUUCCAUUUUUUCACUUUAUUUCUUUUCUUUCUUUUUUUUUUGGCCGUCGUCAAAAUCCUCCAUUUUAGCCGUCCGCCUGUCCCUUUCAAACGCAAAUAAACCCUCUCUCUUUCUCAAAACCACAACUUCUUUCUCUCUACCCCCCCCCACCUCACAUUUCUCUUACUCCACACUCUCCAACCGAAUUAACAACGAAAGCCCAAAACUACUAAAUUAUUAUGGAAGCACCCCAGUUCACUCAUGGCACCGCCUAUUGCUCCCAAUUGACGCCGGAGAAGCAUGGUUCCGGUGACCAUUUCAUCGUGGAGGACCUCUUGGACUUCUCCAACGAGGACGCUGUUGUAACUCAUGACAGCGCUGUUGAUUCUGUUGCCGCCCAAUCUAGGGAAUCCUCUACCGACGUCACCCUCAACGAUAGUUGCAAUUCCUCCUCCUUCUCCGGUUCUGAACCAAAUUUCGGGGGCGAUAUUGGUGGGUGCGGCAGGAGUUUUGGCGACGGACAGUUCGCGGGAGACCUGUCUGUGCCGCACGACGAUUUAGCUGAGCUUGAUCAAUGGCUGUCGAAUUUCGGGGAGGAAUCAUUCUCCAGCGAGGACCUGCAGAAGUUGCAGCUGAUAUCAGGUAUGAAAGCACGAUCCAACGGAGCAUCGGAGAUCCGAAGAUUUGAAUCCGAGCACAACCAAAGCAACGAUAACAUCCUCGGCAGUGCCGGUAACAAUACCAGCGGCAACCCAAUAUUCCAUUCGGAUAUGUCGGUGCCCGCCAAGGCUCGGAGCAAGCGGUCCCGUGGAGCCCCGGGAAAUUGGGCCUCUCGCCUCCUAGUCCUCAGUCCAACUACCUCUUCCUCGGAGCCCGACGUAGCUGUCCCCAACCCACCACCUCUCCCGACUGCCGGCAAAAAGCCAGGGAAAACGACCGCGUCCAGGAAAAAAGAUGGCGACGGAACUGGGGCCAAUGGGGAGGGCCGGAGGUGCCUGCAUUGCGCGACGGAUAAGACGCCACAGUGGCGGACAGGGCCGAUGGGACCCAAGACACUUUGCAAUGCUUGCGGGGUGAGGUAUAAGUCCGGCCGCCUGGUACCGGAGUACCGCCCCGCUGCAAGCCCGACUUUCGUGCUUACAAAACACUCCAACUCCCACCGCAAGGUGCUGGAGCUCAGACGCCAGAAGGAGAUGCUGAGGGCGCAGCAGCAACAGCAGCAGCAGCAGCAGCAGUUCAUGCACCACCCGAACAUGGUGUUCGACGUGUCAAACGGUGAUGAUUACUUGAUCCACCAACAUGUGGGACCGGAUUUCCGGCAGCUGAUUUAAUUAGCGGUGGCUUUUAGAACCGUGUAGGGCAGUUUAAGGCGGAGUUCUUCUCCUUUCUGAGGUUUAGCAGCUGAGUUGAUUAAUUAGUGAAUUUCAGUUAAUUUUUUUUCUUUUUUAUGAUUUUCGGUUUGAGAAAACUUUUGCCUACCCUUUUCUUUUUCCUCCUUAUUUUGAUAGACUGUUUAAUGAUCCCC